AAAUAAACAGUUUAUUGCGGAUUCACAUUCAUGACUCAAUUGCCAUUCGAUAAGAAACAUUAAAAGACGUCGUGCGAGAGUGAUAUCCAUUUAAUUGUUGUGAAUCUCGCGUCUGUAAUUCAAAAGUGUCUAAAACGAAUUUUUUAACAAAAAAAUUGGAUUUUUCAAAAUAUAAAUUUGAAUAAACAAACGCCAAAUUUGUUAUUUGGAACGCACAAUAUUGUACGGAAUGGUGAUAACAUUGGACGAAACGGAAUUGCUUCAUUCAAAGUCAAAGUUUUGAAUUUUUAUUAUUAUUAUAUGUGCGGAGGGACUUGUACAUUAUACAAAGUGGAACUUUUAAUUGCAAAACAAUCAUACUAUGAAUGAGAGUUCAAUUUAAAUACUGUGCAGUUUUGUUAGACAAAGACAUCAUACACGGAGCGUGUGCGAUAUGAAAGUUCAGUGCUCAUUUGUGGCGAUAAAAUAUUGAAAUAGCACCAAUAAAUAUGUUUGCAAUUUUGUUGCGUAAACAAAUGUUUUAGACUCAUAAAAAGAAACGUGUGUAUUGUUGUCUGUGUCUUAAUAAAAAAACAAUUCGUACAAGGCAUCGUCGUCGGUGUUUUUAUUUAAACGUUGUUGUGAAAAAAAAAUAUCUUCAUCUUGCCGUAAUAACGUGUGUUACCUAAGUUUUGCCGCUUAUAUAUCGAGCUGUACUCCGUACAAUUUUUUUUUUAUUUCAUGUAAAUACCUAGUAUAACCAUUAAGAGUUUAUCUAUUGUGAACAAACAAUUUUCGAUAAGAUUUCAAUGAUAAAAUGAAAUAUAUGUGGCGACACUCAUUCGAAAAGCGAAAAAACUCAAAUUACUAUCAGUUGGAUAAUAACCGUUGAGCACAAAUUCAAUUGCUAGCUUAUAACAUAGGCGGUACGCGCUCGACCCGACUAUCUAUAAUUGGUGCGGUUUUAUUAAAAUAGUGCGUGUGUUUUCUACUUGUACCAAAUAUGCUGUACAAUUGAAUGAAGAGACGAAAUAUAUUAACAAAUAAAUUGUUAAUCAAAUGAACAGAACAUUAAAACGGCAUCAGAUUCAAAACUUUUUCAAAAUGAAAAACCUAAUUGUAAAUGGAUUAUUCAUCGUACUUAUAUGUUCCCUAUCAACGAGAUUGAGCCAAGCAUCCCCCAGUGACGACGACUAUGAUGAUUACACUGUCGACGAAGAUUAUUAUGUUUACGACGACGACCCGCCCACCGAGAAAAGUCAAGAGGACGAAAUGGCUACGGAAAAUAGCUACGUGGAGGCAACAGUGGCCACACAAAUUAAUGCUGGCGGUCACAAUGUCACAGACGUGAAGAUUUCAUCAAUAGCUGCUGUUCAUGAAGACGAAAAAACCGAAUCUGUGCUUGGUGUUUUCAUUGCCGACACCGACGUUCCUGAAGACUCAAAUUGUCCCAGAUUCUGCAGCUGUGACGAGCAAUACCAGUUUAUUGAUUGUUCAAAUCGAAGCCUAUCCGAAAUACCAAAAAAUCUACCAAACACGACACUGCACAUAAACCUAGCGCAUAAUUCUAUUAAGGAAAUACAGGAAAAUGAUCUCAGUAAUUUGACUGUUGUAAGACAGAUCAUACUGAAAAACAAUAGCAUUCAGAACGUCAAUCAAAACAUGUUCCAGUCGCUUCAUCGACUCGACGAUCUCGACUUAUCAUCUAAUAAUAUAUCGGAAAUCGAUCCGGAUCUCUUUCUACACGCACAAAGCUUGUCAUCGUUAACAUUAGACAGCAAUCCGGUAUCGUUCAAAGCAAAUCAUUCGUUUUUGAAUUUACCGGGAUUGGAGGUACUGAAUUUGGUGGACUGUAACAUAACCGAAUUUUACGAUCAAACGUUUACAAAUUUGAGUGGACUGACAGGGCUAAAUUUAGCCAACAAUUCCUUUGCUACGGACAUGAAUGUAGUUGCCUUUUACCCCCUAGUUUCACUGUUGAAACUCAAACUUCCGCAUGUCUCCAGAAACGAAACAUACGAACUAUGCGAGAAGAUACAAGCUAUUGAUGUCAUCAGCUUUGAUAUGUACAACAUUAGCUGCUAUGAGCUGGUAUCUGGUUCAACUUAUGACGAAAGCACAAUUACACAUGCUCCGCCAACGGUGCAUGUCGAAAUCACCACAACACCGAUGCCAACGACCAGCACAAUGCAAAUAUCAGUACAGGAAGUGACGGAGGCCACAACAAAGGCCACCAAACAAAACGUCACUGAGAAAAGUCCGAGAGUGAAUACCCACGAAACAAUAACAAAUACCGAAGCACGAAAUACCACCAAUGGGGACGAUGUUAAGUCACAAGAACUGGAAAAAUCGACACAGUCGAUGAAGACGAUAUUGAUAGCUUCAAUAGUCAUUGCAGUUAUUGGACUCGCAAUUGGUCUGGUCUGUCGCAAAGAUGUGUUCGGUGUGAAGACGAAACUAUGUCGUACACAACGACCGGAACCCCCAACCAUUCCCGAACAAGUGCCACUGAACAAAGUGUAGUUCCUCUUGUCCAUGCGUUUUUUUGCACCUUACUCAGAAAAGGUGCAUGUCGCGGAUGUAGUUAGUGAGUCAAACGUUAACCUUUCAGAAACGGCUAACCAUUUCUUAUCGACAAAUGAAUUAAAAGAAUUUGUGUUAAUCAAUGCUGUGUAUGCAGAGGAAGUCACAGAUAUAGUGAUCAUAAUGCGGUACGAAUGUCGUUUCUAAAAGGUUAAAAGUAUGGGAUCGGAAGUACGAAAUAAUCUCACACUCGACUGCUUGCCGCCAAUAUAAUUAGUCAAUGUAGAAACGAAAAGAAAAAUUUUCGGUUUAAGUUGCCGAACGAGUCGAAAACGCAUGGAGGCUAGCAAUGGCAAUCAUUUUACUAAGGCUGUAGUCAUGUAUUUCAUAAGGCGUAUUUAAAGCUUGAUGCAUAUUUUAAGAAGUUUUUAGUGGAUUUAAGUUAGGAAAAUGGUCAGUGUUAUAAAAUGGAAAUUAAAUAAACAAAGAAAAAAAAAUCACCUCGCCGCAGUGAUGAGCCACAUCACAUGGGGGAUAAUGUUGAAAUAUGUGUAAAUUGAACAUAAUAAAACGAAAAACAACCAGC